AUGAAGAUCAGUUCCUAUGAAAUUGAGUUGCCAAUCAAUAAAUUAUCACCUUAUUAACAAUUAUAUAGAGGAAGGCAUAAAAAUGGUUAAGUAUAUUUGUUGCAUAUAUUUCCUAAAUAAUACUUAACAAAAGAAAUGGUUGAUCAAAUUUAUUUCAGAGAAAAACAGUUCGAUUUUGUAUCUGAAAACAUAGAAUCUAAAGAAUUCAUUCUAAUUUCUUAUUAAGAGAGUGCUUUUUGGAUAAACCUAGAAUAAUAAAUUAAGAUUGACUAGUUGAAAUUCUAUUAUUUAUAAUUGUAUUAAUAAUAUUCCAUCUUAGAAGGGAAUAUUGAUUUCGACCCAGACUAUAUAUUUCUAUAUGAAGGCUAAAUCUAUAUUUUAGAUUAUGGAAUAAGAGAAUUUGUUAUAAAAAAACAUAGAGAUAUAGCAUAUACAACAAAAACAAAAACUUAUCUAUUUGGUUUGCUGCUCUUAAACCUUAAUUGUAAAAAGAAUGUAAGUGAAAAGAUUUAGUCAUGUAAAGAUCAAUAUUAAAUCGAAUAUAUUAUCAAAUAAGAAGCAGAAACUAAUUCCAUUAAUUAUGAUAUUUUAGAAUGUAUUCUUAAAAUGGUUAUAUUGGAUACAACAAAACGACCCACAUUUUAAGAAGUUGGUUAAUGGUAAAUGUUUUUUUCUAAGAAAUAAGUGAAAAGGCAAAGUUUAAGUGUUAUUGAUUUCACGAAUAUUAAAAUUCCUUCUCAAAAUUAAACUAUUUAUAAUUCAUCAUAAACUAUUAUCUAAAAUAAUCAAUAAUUACAUAAUUUUUAAACCUCAAAUCAUAAUUAAUCUGUAAGAGCAGCAAUUUUAAAAUAAUAAAGAUAAGUUCCAAUUUCAAAAUCUAUACGUUCAUCUUAUGAUUUUGCAUCUACAAUUGUAGCUAAAAAUCUAUAAAAUAAAAAAUAAUCAAGCAAUAAUAUUUAAAAAGGAAUAUUUACUUAGGAAUCUUUUUAUCAAAAUGGAACAGUUUAAAAUAAUUCAAAAUAAGUUACAAUCUCGAAUAAAUUAAAUUCUAAUUAUUUCUUUUAUUAGAACCCUUCUUCAUCUCAAUAAAAGAUAUAAUAAAAAGUUGAAAAUAUUGAAUUUAAGAAUUCUCAAAUUGAGAAGAAUCCUCAAACUAUUUAAGAUGCAAUUAUGAUACCAGAUAUUAUAGUGACCAAACCUAUAGAUAAUUAAAUUUUAAAUGAAUAAAAAAUAAUAAAAAAUUCAAUAAAGAAUUCACCAUUAAAAAAUCCAUAAAUUUAAUAAUAACAUAAUAAUUCUUAUUUAAAUGUUCCAAACUUAAGCUUCAAUAAAUUUUAUAAUACAAAUUCGCAAAAUGGGUAAACAUAUAUUGAUAAAGCUAAUACUACUUCUUAAAGUCAAUAAAAUAUAAAAACUGAAAAAUAGCUGGACAAUUAAAACUUAAACUUGGAAAUAAAGGAGGAAUUAUCUAAUUAAUAAAUAAAUUAAUAAAAGGAAGUUAAAUAAACUAAAUUAAAGAUAUCUGCAGCAGUUAAAUUUAAUAACAAUGAUGAAGAUAAAAUAGAUGAUUUAUUUUUUUCAUAAUAAGUUGAUCCUGAGUUAAAUUUAGUUUAAAAUAAAUAAUGUAACAAAUAAUUUUAGGGUAAAAAGUAAGAAAUUUUUAAAAAACCAUUAUAGGAAAACUAACUAAAAUAUCAGAAUACUUAUUCAGAUAAAAAUGAUUUUCAAGGAAAUAUUGAUUCAUUUUAUGAAAUAGAAUAAAAUUAAGAAAUUUAGAACAAAUAAGAUCCAAAAGUUGAUAAUUCUUAAGAUUAAUUUGCAAAGAAUCUUCUAAAACCAGAUGACUUAAGUGAAAAAUUUGAUGAUUUUAAGAGAAAGUAUUUUUUUUUUCUAUUUUAGAUAUUUUCAUUAUUUAUAAAUUAUAGAUUAUAUAAUCAUUACAGUAAAUGACUUGAAUGAAAAAUUAAGUUAUUAGGGGAAAUAAUGGAUUGUUCCAUUAACAGUAGUUUACAAAGUAUUAAUUUUAGUAAAUAUAAGAGGGCUUUCGUUAUUAGAAAACUAUUUCUUUAAAAUAUAUAGAAAGAAAAGAAUAUAUUCAAUCUAAGCGAUUUCUCUAUUUUUAAAACCUCAACUAAUUAUUAAACAAUGAUAACUACAAUAAUUUAAUAGAAUUAAAAAAUAGAGAAUGAAUUUUAAUUAAUGUUAGAAAAGGCUAAUUCUGUAAUAAAUACAAUGGAUAACGUUUCCAAAUAGAAAUUAGAAUCUUAAUUAAACUUGGAUGUUAAAAAUAGUACAAAAGUGUAACCAUAAAAAUAUUUAUACACACAAUUGUAUCCUAAAGUUAAAUCUUCACUGGCUAAAGUUACAGCAGGGAAUUUGUAAAAUAAUUAAUUUUCUGAGAGCGAAUGGAUCUAGUCAAAGUUACUGUGUUUAUAUUCUGUAAUCAUAAUGGACUUAGAUAUGUAUUAAGUUGAAUCUUAAGAUUUUAAAGAAUAAACAUUUAUAUUAUUCAGAAAUAAUAAAAAUAAUGAUUAAGUUGAAAUGCAUUGCAAUGAAUUAGAGAUAAAAGUUAAUUAACUUCCAUAGUUUAAUAAUAAAUGA